GGCCGCUGCAGGUAAGCAACACGAGAGCUUGCAAUAUGGCCGUCGUCCCCCUCUUCCUCGUCCUCGUCUUAGCCGUCGCUACCAUGGCCAUAUCCGAGCAGGAGACGACCACGCACAUCAAGGUGUACUGGCACGACGUGUACAGCGGGCCGAGCCCGACGGCGGUCGAGGUUGCGCGUGCCCCGUCGACCAACUCGUCUAAGACCCUGUUCGGCGGGGUGUAUGUCAUCGACGAUGCGCUUACAGAUGGGCCCGACCUCAACUCGUCGAGGCUGGUUGGGCGCGCGCAGGGCAUGUACGUCAGCUCCGGCAAGGACGAGCUGGCGGUGCUCAUGAACAUGAACUUCGUCUUCACCGCCGGCGGCAGGUACAACGGCAGCAGCAUCGCCAUCAUGGGCCGGAACUCGGCGGCCUCCGCUGCCAUCCGCGAGAUGCCUGUCAUCGGCGGCACCGGCAUCUUCCGCUUGGCCCGUGGGUACGCGCUGGCCACAACGUACGCCUUCAAUAUUAGCACCGGCGACGCCACAGUCGAGUACAACGUCUUCAUCCGCCACUAGUAGAUGGGACGAUCAAUCGGCUGCUGUUAACGUUAUGCUUAUUUAAAUGAUGAAUAGGAACCUUUUGAGAUGCGGUGAUUAAUAAUAUAAUAGUUAUAUUUACUCAAA